GCCCGGCCGAAGGCCGUCCGGCCCUCCCCUGUUCCCCGCCCCGGUGUUUGCCGCGGGAAGACGGCGGCCGUCCUCCUCCUCCUCCUGCUGCGGGCGGGUCCUCGCCGCUUGGGCCCGGCUUGCGGGAAGUUCCCAGCUGGGAAGUUCGUAGCUGGCGGAGGUGCGAUGCCGCCUAAGGAUCGAGGCAGAGGCAAGCUGCCGGUUCCUCUGCCAAGAGACAUGAUCCUGAAAGACACGGAAGGAAAAGUCUGGAGGCUGGGCAGUCAGGUUGGCCAUGGAGGAUUUGGCUUGAUCUAUUUAGCUUCCCCUCAGACUCAUGUUCCUGUAGAAGAUGAUGCAGUGCAUGUAAUUAAAGUGGAAUAUCUUGAAAAUGGACCCUUAUUUUCUGAACUGAAAUUUUACCAGAGGGCUGCAAAACAAGAACAUAUAAGAAAAUGGAUGAAUCUCAAAAAAAUAAGAUGUUUAGGAAUUCCAGUGUUUUGGGGAUCAGGCUUGGCUGAGUACAAGGGAAAAAGCUAUAGAUUCAUGGUCAUGGAGAGGCUGGGGGAAGACCUUCAAAGAAUCUUUGAAGAUUGUGGAAGGAGAUUUAAGAAGGAGACUGUUCUGCAACUUGGGGCACGAAUGUUGGAUACUUUGGAAUAUAUACAUGAAAAUGAGUAUGUUCAUGGUGACAUUAAAGCAGCAAAUCUACUUUUGGGCUAUACCAAUCCACAUGAGGUUUAUCUUGCAGAUUAUGGACUUUCCUACAGAUAUUGUCCCAAUGGGAACCACAAACAGUAUCAGGAAAAUCCUAGGAAGGGCCAUAAUGGGACAAUAGAGUUUACCAGCGUAGAUGCCCACAAGGGAGUAGCCCCAUCCAGACGAGGUGACCUUGAAAUCCUUGGCUACUGCAUGCUGCAAUGGUUAUGUGGGAAGCUACCCUGGGAACAGAACCUGAAGGACCCUGUAGCUGUCCAGACUGCGAAAACAAAGCUUAUGGAUGAGCUCCCAGAUUCAGUGAUGGAAUGGGAUUCUUCUGGAAGCAGCUGUAUAACCCAGGGAAAACACCAAAUUUUCUUCAAAGGUGAAAUAUCCAAGUUUUUGGCAUGUGUUUAUGGCUUAGCUUAUGAUGAGAAGCCAAAGUAUCAAGUGCUCAAGAAAAUCCUGCUGGAUGGACUAGAGUCAAGUGGAACUCGCUACGAUGGCCCUCUGGAAUUUUCCGCUGCAGCCUGCACACGAACUCACUCUGCUGCUGAAGUGUCAAAAGUUCGCUUACCAAAGCCUAUGCCAAAGCCAGUUCAGCAGAAGCAAAAAAAGAUGGAAGGUGAAGAAUACGUCUGUCAAAACAAAGCCUGUACUGGGGUAACAGGCAAACAACUCCAAGAUAAAGAAAAGCCAACUAAGUUUAACAGGAUGCUUCACCAAACGGAGCCUCAGCAGGUUCGCUUACCAAAGCCUUCACCAAAGCCAGUGCAACAGAAGGAAAACACAGUGAAAGAGGAAGAAUGUAACUGCCUAAGCAGGCCCCAUGCUCGGGUAACACACCGGCAAUUCCAGGCUGAAAAGAAGCUAGUUAAAUUUUACACUACGAUUCAGGAGACUCAACACCCCCAAAAGAAAGACACUGCAAGAGAAUUACCACCAUUCGACCCCCAAGCAACAUUCUCAGAAUCCAAAAAGAAACACAAUCAACUCUUAACUACAGAUCAUCCGCUAUCACUGCAAGAAACUGAUUCUGACAUCACUAGUCCUUCGAUGUCCAUUAUAUUUAGGCUUGCAUUUACUGACAAAACAUACCACUACAGUAUAGCUAUACUUGUACUUCUGCUACUAAUAUUACUUUCCUUGUAUUUUCUUUGAUGUCACUGUUUCAGUGUCUUCAGUGUAAGUGCAGCCGUGUGCCCAUCACACAGUUUUUCCCUCAAAGUUUCUUCACUGAAGAUUUCAGCGUCAGUGGCUUGAAAAAGAUUUUUUUAAAUAAUACUGUCAAUACAUCUCUUUUACAGGCAAGUUCUCUUAAACUUUCCAAAUCUGCACUCAAUAGUUAUGUAUGUACUAAGCUAUUUGUACAAGGCUGUUUCGUGUUACAAAUGUUAAA